AUGGUGUCUCUGCUCUCGCCAGCGACAAUGUCUGCUGUGGCGGCUGGUGUCCGUUCAGCUCUCGUUAUCGAUAUUGGAUGGGCGGAGACGGUCGUCACAAGUGUUUACGAAUACCGGGAAGUCAGGACUACCAGAUCCGUCAGGGCUGGCAAAUAUUUCAAUAACGAGCUCUACCGAAAGGUGCUACAUUCUCUCAUCACCGGGGAUCAAGGAAAAGACGCCAAUACAGCGUUCAAAAAUCCUGAUGGCCAAGAGAACCCGACAGAGGAGAAGACGGACCGUGACAGGUCAGUCGAUGUUGAAAAUGAACAGGACCAUCAUAUCAGUUUCGAUGAGUCCGAAGACAUCAUGCGUCGUCUCGCCUGGUGCAGACCUACCAACAGAACACCCCAGAGAACGUCAGCUCAGCUUGAAACGGUCGAAGAGCAGGACGAGAAUGAAGCUGAAGCGGGCAGCACCACUACGCCUGGGGCAAACAGGACGGCAAACGUACCGUUGCAGUCUUCGAUUCCCACCAAGACGAUCGAGGUACCGUUCGAGAGGAUCGCAGACGUCUGUGGCGAUGUCUUUUUUGAGCCCUCGAUGAAUCUUGCGCAUUUUGAUGACCACGAGCUUCCGGUACACCUCCUCGCAUACAGGCAUCUCGCCGAUUUGCCGGUUGAUGUCCGCGCUAUUUGCAUGUCCCGCGUCAUCUUUAUCGGAGGCUGCUCCAACACCCUGGGCCUCAAACAAAGAGUGAUCGACGAGACGACAUUGCUCAUCGAGACAAAAGGCUGGGAGACGGCCUCUGGCAAAGCAGUGGACCAGUUGAGCAACAACUCGAAGCUACAAUGGAAGCCAACGAAGACACCGCAUUUGGAACAAGACCGCGAGCAGGAUGAGGGCCCAUCGUCAGAGCAGGCGAACGACUUUGAUCAAUUCGAGAGGGGCUUCAUGCGGCCCCGAAAAAAGGAACCGCCCGUGCAGGGACAUAUAAGGGCGCUGCAUUCCCUUGGGCCUUGGACUGGUGCAAGUCUGGCGUCUCAACUGAAGAUACCGGCCAUGGCAACGAUCGACCGCGAAUUAUGGCUGCAGCAGGGCGUCAACGGUGCGUCGAGACCUAACGACGUCGAUGUCAAGGCGCAACAAAGGCAGACUGAUCCCCCGAUACCCAAACGGCCCAACCAAGCGCCCAAGCCCAUCAUUGACAUCAAAGACAUUCGUCAAAACCCAGAGCUCUACGCGCAGAACUGCAUGACCAGGAACUACACCCGCCAGUCCCACCAUCCAGCCCGGAUCGUCGAGCUCCACGCGCAAUGGCAGGAUCUCACACGCGGCAGUCGCGCGAACCGCGAGCGGUCCAAUUUGCUGCGCAGGCAGCUCGCAAACCCCGCGACCAGCGCCGACGACGGUGACAUGGAGAGCGUUCGGCAGCUGACGCGCGAGGAGAUCCAGGAGGAGGCGCGCAAGCUAAAGACGGAAUUGGCCAGCAUCAUGGACGAGGAGGCGAAGAUGCAGGCCACCAUGGAGCACCUCGCGCUCGAGAUCCCCAACCUGACUGAUGCGGAGACGCCAGAGGGUGACGAGCCCGUCCUGCUGUCGUACAUCAAUGACCCGCCGCCGGAAGAGCAGCAGCUCAAAGAAGGACCAUCGCAUGUGCAGAUCGGCACGGACCUAGGGAUUCUGGACUUUGCCGCGGCCGCCAAUUCCUCCGGAUGGGGCUGGUACUACUUGAUCGGCGAGGCGGCGCAGUUGGAGCAAGCACUGAUCCAGUACGCGCUCGCGGUGGUCACGCGCCACGGUUGGACGCAGGUAUCGCCGCCUACGCUGGUGUACAGCCACAUUGGCGCCGCGUGUGGUUUCCAACCCCGGGAUCAAAACGACGAGCAGCAGGUGUACACCAUUGCGCAGUCGCAGAGCGACAAGGACCGCCAGGUCCCCGAGCUCUGCCUGACGGGCACCUCGGAGAUCUCCCUGGCCGGCAUGAAGGCCGCGUCGACCGUGCACACGGACGACCUCCCUCUCAAGCGCGUCGCCGUCUCGCGCUGCUAUCGCGCCGAGGCAGGCGCUCGCGGCGCCGACACCAAGGGUCUCUACCGCGUACACGAGUUUACCAAGGUGGAAAUGUUCGCGUGGACGGCGCCAGACGAGGACUCUGCGUCUGACGUGUACGACGAGAUGCUCGACAUGCAGACAGAGAUGCUGUCCUCCCUCGGUCUCCCGUCGCGCGUGCUCGCCAUGCCCGCGCAGGACCUGGGUGCGUCUGCCACGCGCAAGAUCGACAUGGAGGCCUGGUUCCCGUCCCGUGCAGGCAAACUGGGCGGCUGGGGCGAGGUGACCAGCGCCAGCCUCUGCACCGACUACCAGACGCGUCGCCUAGGGACGCGGAUGAGGGUCGAAGGCGGCAAAAUGGGGUUCCCCUGGACGGCGAAUGGAACAGCGCUGGCGGUGCCGCGUAUCCUGGCCGCGCUGCUUGAGAAUGGCUGGGACGAGGAGACGAGAACUGUCACGAUUCCGGAAUGUUUGAGGCCCUGGAUGGACGGCAAGGCAAAGAUUAUUGGAGACGGGGCGACGAGGCGCCGGCAGAUGGACGUGGAUGGUGUGUAG